AUGCAGUUCUGGUCGCUUGUUGGGGCGGAGGAGACCCUUGGUGACUUCGGCCGCGUCGACCGCCUUGACUCGCGCAUGCUUGAGAGGGGGCGCACCAAGACCUUCGCCUGCUGGCUCUGGGUAUGGGAUGUGGCCCAUAUCCCGACGAGACGCGCGCUCUGGGUGCUCAAGCGCGGCGCCGGCCGUGCCAAUGAGGUGCUCGGUUUCGCUUCACUCGACCGCCGCGUCCCCCCUAGUGCACACCGCUACGACCUCCUGGUGCACAUCGACCUGGUGGAGGACUGGACCCCGCUCUCGCCGCGCUCAUCACGCUCAUCGCACUCGGGGCAGAGUGGGCUCUCCUCCUCAUUCGACGAGGAUGACCGCCCAAUGUCGUGCAUCGAGCUGGGCACAUGGGUGGCGCACAUGGAGGACGGUCAAGGCCCAGGGCGUCAUUCUACCAUGCGCGUCUCGGCCGCAGGCUGUGGUGGCCCCAUCAUCGGGCUCCCAAGACAUGAUCAAGAUGAUGGCGACAACAGCGGUGGCUCGUGGCGGUCCUGGAGGGACCGUCUGCUUGGCCACGGGUGCCACGCCAAGGAGAGCGGCACGGACGUGGUUGCUGGGGCGCACCACUGCCGCAGCCGCACCCCAGUCGGGCGAUGCCACGGGAAAGAAAGUGCGGGCUCUGAGGGGGCCAUCGCCGCUGCCACUCCGGCCAUGCUGCGGGCCACUCCUCUGCUCCCUUUCCGGCAAGCCCCACCGCCACCAACACCGGCUGCCGAGGACCCAGUUGCACGCAUCUUCGGCUUCUCCGACUCAGGCCCUGUGCUCUCCCCUCCACCGUGCACGGAUUGCAUGCAGCUUGAGAUGGAAAACGCCAUGAUCGAGGCCCUGCAGACCCCGCUGGCAUUUGAGGAUGGUGGGCUCUCCCCUCCCCCCGCCUCCUGCCCCGCAAGAGAUGGAUAGCCCCAAGAUGAUCCCCUAUCUGCUGCCCUGCAUCAGCUCCCCAACCAUGGCCACUGCUGGCUUCCAGCUGUCAGCGGUCACGGAGCAGGUGGGCAUGAUCCAGAUCGACGAGGGCAGCGGUCACGUGCACCCUGUGCUGUUCCCGCCUGUCUCCCUGCCCAUCAUCAGCAACCUGCCGGCUCACCCACGCCACUCUGCUCCACCAAAGUCCAGGGCCACCUCGGUUCCCUCGCGUAG